AUGUCUCGAACAUAUGAUUUUCCACCCACUUUAAGUCCAUUAGCUUAUAUAACACUUUUCCAUGUUCCUUUUUUCGCAUUUAUUUCUUUAUCUCUCAAACCCAUAACUAGCAAACGUCGCACUUGCGUACUUUGUAUUAUAAUCUUUGUUCAAGCAUUGAUUCCCUUAAUAUAUCAUGGAAGAUAUGAGUCAAUAAUGAAUUUCACUAUAGCAUUAUUAGCGAUACUUUACACAGUCAAGAUGACAACAUGGCUGAAAAAAAAUUUUCAAUCUUCUAUCGAUUCAAAAAUUAAAAUUCCUUCAUUCACCGCUUCUCUAUUCAAUUGGCGUCCUAAUGCGGUAACAAUUCCUGAUGAAUCAAAAUAUCAAAGAUACAUUGAUUCUAUUAAAGUUAAGGAUCUUAAUCAAGAGAUAAUUAAUAACACAAUUAAAGCCAUUAUAAAUUUUGUGAUUUUAGACCUUAUAGUUGAAUAUUUAAGGAUUAACAAACCAGAAUUUUUAGAAAGAUCAUAUGGAUUACGAGUUUUAGAUUAUCUUAGGACUGGAC